CGUGGUCCUCUCUUUCCACAUCUUCCCGUCCCGGUCUGCUUCCUGUCUCGCCGCCCAGCUCCCAGGCGCAAGCGAGGCGAUAUCCGAUAAACCCCCGGUCCUCAACUGCAAGCAGCGACGCACGCACCCGCCCGCCCCCCUUGCCCACCGGCGCUACCCAUGGCCCUGACCACCGUGGCCGUCUCCCUCCACCCCCUCCUCUCUCGUCCUGCCAGUAUCCUCCGCUGCGGCCGCCGCCUCCCUCCGCUCCUCCUCCGCGCCACCUCCUCCAGCUCCACCUCCUCCAGCUCCACCGCCAGCGCCCCGGACUUCAACAUUACAUUCGCGGAGCCCGCCCCGUCAAAAAAGGCCUCAUCCCCUGCCCCGUCCGCGCAGCCGCUUGUCCCGUGGAUCGUCCGCGGGGAGGACGGCAAGCCCCGCCUCAGCACCUCGCCGCCGCCGGAGGUGUUCCAGGCCAUCGAGCUCGCGGAGGAGGAGGCCAAGAAGAAGGCCAAGAAGGAAUCCCUCAAGAGCCAGAAGGGUGCGUUUGUCGCCGCCGCCGCCAAUGCUAGCGUCAAGGUUAGGGACAAGAAGGCCGCCCCCGCCGCGCCGCCCAAGUUCUCCAAGGCGGCCAGAAGGUUCUACAAUGAGAAUAUCAGGGAGAGAGAGCCGCAGCGGCUUGCCAAGGUCCUUGCCGCCGCAGGAGUGGCUUCAAGAAGGAGCAGUGAGGAGCUCAUCUUCCAAGGGAAGGUGACUGUCAAUGGUUCUGUCUGCACUUCUCCUCAGACCAAAGUUGACAUCUCAAAGGAUUCUAUCUACGUUAAUGGGAACCGCAUUUCAAAGAAGCUGCCUCCAAAGCUGUAUUUUGCUGUUAACAAACCAAAAGGGUAUAUCUGCUCAUCUGGUGAAGAAUCAAAGUCUGUUGUCUCCUUAUUUAAUGACUAUUUGAAGGGCUGGAAUAAGACUCAACCAGGGCUGCCAAAACCACGUUUGUUUACUGUGGGUCGUCUUGAUGUUGCCACAACUGGUUUGAUAAUAGUCACAAAUGAUGGUGAGUUUGCUCAGAAACUUGCGCAUCCUUCUUCAAAUGUAACAAAGGAAUAUGUAGUAACUAUAGAUGGUGCAGUGCACAAGAAGCACCUCAUAACUAUCAGUGAAGGCACAAAAAUUGAUGGGGUCAAGUGCAUACCUGAUUUAGUAGAGCUAUUGGCUGCACAAUCAGAUACAAGAAAGACCCGCCUUAGGAUAGUGGUUCAUGAAGGACGAAAUCAUGAAGUUCGUGAACUUGUACAGAAUGCAGGGCUACAGGUUUAUGCUUUGAAACGUGUUCGGAUAGGAAGGUUCAGGCUUCCGGCAGAUCUGGGAAUUGGGAAGUUUGUUGAACUCAAACAGGCUGAUAUCAAGGCACUAGAAGGCAACAACUAGAGAUGACACCUGAGUUCACAGUGAUGAUUGUUGAACUAAUGCGGAUAAGUACAUAUUCUUCGAAGGAUAAAGCAGUGUUCCUUCUGAUAUUCACAAUUCAGGAGCUGCUACUCCACUCAGAAGGCUUGUCUCUCCUGGAUGUCUAAUGGCGGGUGAUGGACAAGUUCGACAAACGUACUUCUGCCUUGAAGAACACGUGAACUGCUUUGCUGAAGAACCUCCAGAUCCUAUAAAGCACCAGAACCUCCAAUUCCUAUAAUGCAUCAUCCUUUGGUGGGCAUGGAACAUUGUCAAAUAGCAGAACUCGUGAUAGCAUCUACUCUGUAUAUCGGUGUACAUGUACAUGCUGUUAUGCGAGGACAUGAACCAUUUGUCUUGCAGUUACACAGUAAUUGACGGCCGAUGAGUAAUAUUUACUCGAACUGCGUUGUAACUUGUUUACUGAGCAGGAAAUCAUCCUUGUAAUAUUGCUAUGGCAACACUGCUAAGUCAAA